GGCGGCAGUCACACACAUGCUGAAUAUGAAGCAGACGGACAACUUCCUUCAUCAGCAUAAAUAAGAUGUGUUUUCCAAGCGCCUUGGACCAAAUAAAUCAGCCUGAAACACUUUGAAGAGAUUUUCUUGCUUUCUGAUUUUGUGGGAGCCGGUCACAAGAGGCAAAAAUGCGGGACAUGCUGGAGAGGCUGCAGACCAUUAGUGAGGAGCAGGAGGACGACGAGCCAGAGUUUUAUUGCUCAGAGUAUGAUGUAGACAAGGGGACUCUGUCUCAACAGGCAGUAAUGUUUGAGAACACCUCCACCAUUGACAACAUCCUGAGGGAGGCCUACUCCAUACGCAAGGAGAUCUCCUUGCUCCACUUAAAGGUGGAGCGUCUGAAGAUAAAUAACGAACGCUUUGGCACCUCUGUGCGGCGUCUCACCCUACUCAAACGGGACUCCGACUCGAUUGCCAGGGGGAUCCAGCAUCACGGCGGGGCUCUGUACGUCCGCCUUCAGGCCCUGGGGAAGGAGAGCAGCCAGCUAGAGGAAAAAGACGGUCCCAACUCCGCUGUUGGUCGCAUUGCCCGAUCUCAGUAUGACACACUAUCCCGUUACUUCCAAGCUGCCAUGAGUGACUACAAUGUGGCAGAGGAGAUGCAGAGGAGCACAUGCAGGCGGAGGAUCCAGAGGCAGGCCUCCAUAAUAGGGACUGAAAUUACAGAUGACCAGCUGGACGUGAUGGUGGACAAAGGUGGUGAGGGAUGGGCAGAGCUGUCCCAGAGCCUACAGACCCAAGGUGUACGCUCGUCCCGCUGGGCGAUGUGCGAGAUCAAAGGCAGACACAAGGAGCUGGUGGAGCUGGAGGUCCGCCUGAAGGAGGUCCAUGAACUGUUCCUGGACAUGGCCGUGUUGGUGGAGGAGCAGGGAUCCAUGGUUAACAACAUCGAGGUGAAUGUGUGUGGCACACAGGAAUAUACUGAGAAAAUCAAUGUUAACAUCAAGAGGGCCCUGCAGUACAAGAGGAGGAAUCCUUUUCAACAAUGUUGUCCCUGCCUACCCUGUUGGAGAGACAGCCGACUAAUUUAGUGCUAGUUUUAAAUGUAUGCAAUUUUAUGGAUGAUUGAAAAAUUAAAUAAACAUUUACCUGUGUAAAAAGUUAUUAUAACCUGAAAAGAGAUGUUAGACAAUGUGUUUAAUUCAUGAUAAACUGAGGCUUCACGAGGACAAAAUGCAAGAGAAACGGUUUUGCUGUUAAAGAGCAGCACACUGUAUUUCCCUAAUUGUGGUGUGAGGCUAAAAAUUGUUCACGGUUUGGAGUUACAAGCUGUCUAAAAUGUAAUCUACACUUAAAUAACUUGUUAUUUGUGUCAGAGUAUUAUUUGUUAACAAGUACAUAUUGUGUUAAAAUCAAAAGAAACUUAAGUUUUUGGCCCUCUAAUGUGGCUUACUUCCUUAAAAGUUUAGGUGACGCUUUCUCAAUCUUGUGCGACCGUGACAAAGUUAGAUGGUGAUCUCAGAUGCAACUAUAUGUACGGUCUGUGGGCUUUAACUGGUAGGCCUCUAGUGCCACUUUUGGGAAAGUGGGGGGGGGGGGUCAUCCUAAUGGUUGAUGACACCAUCUGAUGUAGGAGGUGGAUGCUAAUAGGAUGCAGUCUGUACUUAAAGGAAGAUGGAGUCCACAAGCAGUCUAUCAGAUGAGAUAUCCAUAGUGCAGAUUAGUGGCACAGCUUUACUGACUGAUGGGAAUGAUGGUCUGGAAGCUCACAGCAGUGGUCUUUGUAUAGUGCAGCUGAUAAAGCUACCAAAUGCACAUGCUACUCCCAAACUUAAGCUGCAAAACUAUCUGAAUCAUGUAAAGUGAUCUGAA